CUGAGCUGAAUGGAUUUGGAACACCUACUGGUUUAAAACAAAUUUUAUAUCAUAAAUGAACGAUCCUGACAGACUUUGCAUGUUACCUUUGUAAAUAAUGCAGACACCGUCAACGUAUCUAUUUAAUCACCUGUGUUACAUAGCUGCAAGGGAAAACGAAACAUAAAAUCCAUACUCGACCUGUCAGGGUUUAUAAAUACGUCUUCAGUUAAUAUUUUUGUACUCACGUUGCUGUAACGCUAAGCAGAAGAACAGCAUUUUACAGCUCAUAAAGAAAAAUUACCUAGGUGAUCAAGAUAUUCACAUGUGAAAUAAACUAACUUAUUUCCAGCUUAAUUUACAAAUGAUUUUCGUCCGAAUUCACAUCUUGAAUAUUCGACCUAAUUUAUUACUUUGUGACACGUAUUUGCAUGUCGAUCAGGGUGAGAAAGCUGUUCCUUUUCCCCCACCCUAUUAAAACUGUUUAUUCAAUGAUUAUUGAUUAUUCGCUUUCGCAAUAAGCAGAGCUCUCCUUUGUUGUCUAUAAUUGUAGUUCGUUCACAACUUUGCAGACAUUUUGCGUGGUGUUUGCUUACUGUUGAUCGUAAGUCAGAAGGUAGAAGAACGUUUGAAGCAUAACGACAAGGACAUCAUGGCAAAAGCAAUCGCCAUUACAUUUAUUGUUGUAAUCGUAACCGAGGCAAUCGUCAUCAUCAUAGGAAACACGUUCACCAUUUUUGUCUUCUGGACUCAGAGAUUCCAUCUCAAGCGAAUUUGUUUUCUACUGAUCAAUCUCGCGGUGGCUGAUCUACUUGUGGGAAUAGCAGAACCCAUUGUCCUCGGAGCCGAUACAUUUGACAAAAUGGUAUCGCUUGGAAAAAAGGAAGGCAAAAUAAUCAUUCUUUCAACUGCUUUUCAAGUCCUUGGUUCAAGUACAUCGGUGUUCUUUCUUGCCAUAAUCUCACUGGAACGAGUUUUCGCCGUGUUGUGUCCUCUUCGUCACCGGGUAACAAGUAUUCGCCCUUACAUUUGUAGCAUCUUUAUGAGCUGGGCAGCUGGAUUCUGUCUGGCUGGGAUCUUCUUAUUAGAUACAUACCACAGAGAAGUCGGUAGGUUGUAUGCUGCUGUGGUUAUUCAUUCGUGCCUUUUGGUAUCUGGGUUGGUUAUCUGUGGAAGUUACCUCACGAUCCGUAGUCGACUGCGCUCUGCACCACGUGAUCUUCAGGUGCACAACCGAAAUUUAACUGAGCGGAAUUUACGACUUUCUAGGACAUUGUUUAUAGUAGUUGCUGUGUCACUUGCGUUUUGGCUGCCAGGUUUUGUAGCGUACGUCUUAAGAGAGUUCUGCUGGGAAUGUAUC